GACAGGUCUGGCUGUGCAGGGGAGCCACUCAACACGGACCGGUGCAAACUUCAUUUAGUGUCAACUUCAUUCCCGCCACGGCCGAGGCCCUUUAAAUCGUUAGAGAUGCCAGGACUUGUGAACUUGUAGCCGGGUUACUGGAGUGCAAAAAACACACCGGAACAGAAGGUGACAACAAGUGACAGCAGCUGAGAUUGACAGGCAGCUCCUGCAACAUACUCCUGUGUUUGUGUUGGUCGAUGGAUGGAGAUGAAAUCAUGUGAGGGUGUGCUAAUCUCACAGUGCCAUGGACUUGGGGCCUCAUCUGCACGUUGUUGGCCUUCUGUCAUCAACCUGAGGGGAGCAUCUACAGUGUCAGAGCUGACGCUGGACUCAGACCAGGAAAGAGAACCAGGUUUCUAUGGAUCAGAUAUUGCAGAAACUGGGCAGUAGCAUGCAGUCUGAGGAAGGCACAGAAUGGCUGCUGGAGCUGCUGAUGGAGGUGCAGUUGCAGCAGUACUUCCUGCGGAUCCGAGAUGACCUUAACGUUACGCGGCUGUCACAUUUCGACUAUGUAAAGAACGAAGACCUAGAGAAGAUCGGCAUGGGUCGACCUGGGCAGAGACGACUGUGGGAAGCUGUGAAAAGGAGGAAAGCCAUGUGCAAGCGCAAGUCCUGGAUGAGCAAGGUGUUUAGCGGUAAGCGCCCAGAUGGAGGAGACUUCCCCCAGCAGGGCCAGCCGGCCUCCUCCUUUCGAAAGCUGUCCCCCACACCUCCUCUGGGCCUGGGGGAGGGAGUCCUGGCUGCACAGCCCGGUGGUGGUGCUCCCCUUGAUGGGCAGCAGCAAGCCUUGACUUGCCUCAUCCCUGAGAAGGACUUGACGUUGUUUGAGAAGCUUGGAGAUGGCUCCUUUGGCGUCGUGAAGAGAGGAGAGUGGCUGACACCUGCGGGGAAGGUGCUGAACGUAGCUGUGAAGUGUCUGAAGACAGAUGUGCUCAGCCAGCCCGACGCUCUGGAGGAUUUCAUCUGUGAGGUCAACGCCAUGCACUCCCUGGACCACCAGAACCUCAUUCGCCUCUACGGUGUGGUGCUCACACACCCAAUGAAGAUGGUGACGGAGCUGGCUCCUCUGGGUUCUCUGCUGGAGCGCUUGCGAUGUGUUCGUCCACAGGGUCCAGUGUUGAUCCACACUCUGUGUCAGUAUGCUGUACAGGUGGCCUGUGGCAUGGCCUACCUGGAGCAGAGGAGGUUCAUCCACAGGGAUCUGGCAGCUAGGAACAUCCUGUUGGCCUCAGCUCACAGAGUGAAGAUCGGUGACUUUGGGCUGAUGAGGGCGCUGCCGAACAACCACGAGCACUAUGUCAUGCAGGAGCAUCGCAAAGUCCCCUUUGCAUGGUGCGCCCCAGAGAGCCUGAAGACCAGAACCUUCUCCCAUGCUACAGAUACAUGGAUGUUUGGAGUCACUCUCUGGGAGAUGUUCACACAUGGUCAGGAGCCUUGGCUGGGUCUCAAUGGGAGUCAGAUUCUGCACAAGAUUGAUAAAGAAUGUGAAAGACUCCCGAAGCCAGAGGACUGUCCGCAGGAUAUCUAUAAUGUGAUGCUGCAGUGUUGGGCACAAAAACCAGAUGACAGACCUACUUUUGUCGCCCUGAGAGAGUUCCUGCUGGAGACCAUGCCCACAGACAUGUGUGCUCUGCAGGACUUUGACGAGGCUGACAAGCUGCAGAUCCAGAUCAAUGAUGUCAUCACCAUCAUAGAGGGAAGGGCAGAGAACUACUGGUGGCGAGGUCAAAACAAGCGAACUCUUAAGGUCGGACAGUUCCCUAGAAACGUGGUGACAUCAGUAGCGGGUUUGUCAGCUCAUGACAUCAGCCGGCCGCUCAAGAACAGCUUCAUCCACACAGGACACGGAGACAGCAACCCCCAUCGCUGCUGGGGCUUCCCUGACAGGAUUGACGAUUUGUACCUCGGGAAUCCCAUGGAUCCUCCUGAUGUUCUGGGUGUCGACCUCAGUGCCACUCGGCCCACGCAGCUGCCAGGACGAGCUAAGAAGCCUUGCUACGAUCCAGUGAACGAGGACGAGGAUCUGACCUCAGCAGGACUUAAGAGAUUAUCACUUCGGAAAACGGGUUCCGUCAAAGGCUUAAAACUUAAACCAGCUGCGUGGGUCUCUGCUUCCAAACAGGGGAGUAGCCGGACUUCAGGCUCAGGCUACAACCCCAACAGUGAAGUGUCCCUCAUUGACUUUGGGGAGGAGUUCCCCCCACCCACGCCCUCCCCCUCCCCCGUUGUUGAAAUUCAGAUCCCCUCGCUGGCGAAGCUGGCUUUGGAAGCAGAGAACAUCCUGGACCGGACUCCUCCUCAGAGUCCAUCCAGAUCGCUGCCCCGUCCCCUUCACCCCACACCAGUGGUGGACUGGGAUGCACGACCAUUACCCCCACCCCCAGCCUACGAUGAUGUAGCCCAAGAUGAAGAUGAUAUGGAGGUGAGCUCCAUCAACAGCUCAGAGCAGCAGCAUGAAGAUGAGCAGAGUGAGGUCUGUAACCCAGACGAGGCUGACGAGGCUCUCUCCUCUGGACACAAGGUGCAGGUUGAGGCUCUUGUCUCCAGGGGUCCAGACAGACCAGGCCUGGAGGAUAACCUCUUUCUUCCCAGCAAGCAGGGCCACUGCCUGUCCACAUCUUUCUCCCAGUCUGCAGAGAUCUUCCAAGAACUCCAGCAAGAGUGCAUGAGGAGGCUCAACGUACCGACGGUGAGCGCUGCUCCGUCAAGCUCGCCAUCCCAAACCUCAUCUUCGUUUCCUCAGACCCUUCAGACCCAGGAGCAGAAUGUCCUCUGCUCCAAUGAAGACAAACCCCAGAUCCCCCCACGUGUCCCCAUCCCCCCUCGCCCUAUAAAAAGGGGCGACUACACAUCUGCUCGCUGGUCAAGGGAUCUCUCUCUGUCCCCGACGCCUGCAGACACCACAGAGGAUGUUUCAGGCCCAGACCAGAACCGACCACCUCAGAUCCCUCCAAGGGAUCCUUUGUCCCAGUCAGACUCCAGGACUCCUAGCCCCAUGGGCCUGGUAGUGGGCUCCCCUCAGCAGAGAGUCUACUCUGUCAGCCCCACCACCAUGCAGGCCCCCCUUACCUCCUGCCCCCCCACACACACCUACGGCUCCUACCUCUCCACCUCUCCAGGUAAACUCAUGCCUACCACACACAGCUUUGCCUCAGAUCCUAAAUAUGCUGCACCCAAAGUGAUCCAGGCCCAGGGGCAGGGAAAGGACCCCACCAGUAAGGGCCCCUGUAUCCUCCCCAUUGUACGCGAUGGACGUAAAGUCAGUAAUACCCACUAUUACCUUCUGCCGGAGAGACCGCCAUACCUUGACCGAUACGACCGCUUCUUCAGGGAGGCAGAGAGUCUUCCUGCCAGCAGUGUGGAGGAGAGGCAUGUACGGCAAGCUAACACCGCCACCGUCAGACCAAUGGUGGUCAGCAGCCAGACUGUCCAGGGACAUGCCCAAGGACAGGGUCUCGUCCAUCCGGGCGAGCUGAAGGCUAAUUUCUCCUCCAACAAUAACAGCAGUCUGGGUGGACCACGGUCAGGGAUGAAGACAUCAGUUAGUUUCCCUCGCGUCUGCUCAGACGGGCUGACGGCACCGGUGGUCACUGCGUCCUGCACCAGGACAGACGGAGGAGGGAACUCAGCUGACAGGGUCAGAAUGGUGCAGGAGGCAGUUCAUGGUGUGACGAUAGAGGAGUGUCACGCUGCUCUCCAGAACCACAACUGGAAUGUCCAGAAAGCUGUGCAUUACCUAAAGGUGGAGCAGUUGUUCUGUUUGGGUCUGAGGAGCAGGUCCGAGUGUCUAAAGCUGCUGGAGAUGUGUGACUGGAACCUGGAGGUGGCCAGCACUCAGAUGUUAGAUAACUAUGGAUCCACAACAAGGCAGAGACGGUGACAGAAAUGUGAAGCUGCUGAGCUCUGAUUGGAACUUCAUCCUCAGUAAAAUAUCAUCAGAGGAGAUGAAUCUGCUCCUGACCCUUUCUCGUCGAUGCUUCACUCACACUUCCAAUCACAAGACUGUAAUUUGAGUACGGAAGAACAAACACGUUUUCACUGAACUAGCACGAACUACCAAACUUCAUUGUUUCUCCAUUCAGACUCACUAUGGAAACAGGAAUUUAGCCUGAGGGCAAAAAAAAAAAAAGACUUUGGGUUGUACUUUGACUUUGGUCUGAAAGAUGUGUCAUUGUUUCACUUAUUAUGAAACUAUAGACUGCCAUCCACCAUCUUUUCAGAUUUGUUAAAAAGCAAAAAAAGACUCCACUUGUAUGUUCAGGACCACUGGGUCAGCCCAAACUACGUCACUCAAACAGAUCUGUCACAGAUUCUGGUGCUAGCAUACCGUCAGAUCCUCUUACUGGUAUCGUCACUGCCGCAGUUACACUGUCGACCAACAGCAGAGAGAUACUUUAAUCUUCUCUUUUGUUAAUGUCAUUAAACAGUCAGGAAGUGAACCUGAAGAGGCCAAAAUGAUUAGCACAAUAUACACAGCAGCACUUUCUGAGAAGGUAUUGUAGAGCUUGUACAGUCCGACUGACAAUUGGUAUCUCAUUUACUGAUCUGUCAGAACUGAACCUAACUUCUGUACAGUGUUUGUACAUUUAGGUCAUGAGAGGCUAACACCUUGUAUUGCAGCUGUAGGAUCUUGAAGAAAUUGUUUUCAUGAGCAGUUAAAAGGAAAUCAUAUUUUACCUCUGCAACACCCAUGCACAACAAAACACAAAGCUAAUAUUUAACUGGCUUUCCAGGCUGUAUUUCACAGGAAAUCAUUUUGCCUGUUGACUGUUAUUAAGAGGUGUGGGGAUGUGAUUGUGAAGAUUGUUUGCUGCUGAAAGUCUGUGGAGUCCAGGGAAAAUGUGCAUUUUAUAGUUUAAUGAGGGAAGUUAGUAUCAAUGCAGUGCUGCCUCCUCUGUGCUAAGGGUCAAAGGUUAAACCAGUCCGGUGUCGACCUGAAUCAACAGAAGAUCACAGAAGUGGUUUUUCGAAAGCUCACUCCUUUUUAAAACCUACAAAACUGUCUAAUGUAUAUUCAGAGGGUAUAAACAAUAUACUCUUUAUGGGGAAACAUUUAUGUAUUUGUGAACAAAAUCCUGGUAUAUUAUUUUAAUAUAUUAACACAGUGCUUAGGGACAAGAGAAGACUGCCCUCCUUCAAAUAAAUGUACUCUGUCCCCUUAAGUGAAAUACUGGGGCCAGUUUCACAAAGAUAGACUUUGACUAUAUAACUACUCAAAGUAAUAGUCAGACUUCGGAUAGAAUUCAUUUAAAUUCAUUUAUUGCACAAAGCUGUCUAGUUCUUGACUGUCUACAAUAGGAUUUGUUUGCCAUGAAUUCUGGGUAAAUUCUGGGUAAACAAGGCUUUUUUCAAACUGAAACACGAGCGACUGUGUCAAACUGCUAGGUUCCCUUCACUCCAACUUAAAAUGUUAGCUGUCUGGAAGAAUUCAACUGUUACACAAACAUUUCACUUGGAAAAUUCAGCAAAGAAUGUGACAAUACAAAAAACCUCCAGUAGAAUAAAAACUCAGCUCAGCCGAGGUUUCUUUGUAUCUUGAUGACACGACUCAGUCAGUCACACUGAGGGUACUUUCCUUGGGCAAAUUAAAACAACCAACGUUAUCACAGCACAAUGUGUUAACUGUGGUCUGCAAAAACUCACUCCACAACAUUGUUAACAAACUGCAAAUUGUGAGCCAUGUUUUCCCUGUCAGCAGUUGUCACUGAUUGACAUGGCUCUCCGUUCUGAGUUAGCUUGGAGGUUGGGCGGCAUAAAGUUUUUAGGCUUUAAAAAGUCAGUUUUAUUGCAGUUAAACAGUCUAAAAUGCACCAGACUAAUCUAAGAGCUAAAACAUUAGACCACGCUACAGUAUCUUUGUGCAACCGGCCCCUGAUCUAUGACUUUUGCCAUAUGUGGAUGAAGAAAAAAGAAAGGCCACCCAAUCAGUGAAAUCUUCCCUCACCCCAGAUACAGUCUCUCCUCAUUCUGUCCCUCUAAGCAUUUUGCCCACACAGACUCCUGUGCAUCAGCUGAAAACUCCUGCCAGCUUGGUAUUUUCUGCAUGCACCCAGACUACGUUGGCAGCUAAUAACAGCAACGUAUUGAAAUUUACCCCAAGGCACAGAUCCUGUCCCAUAAUCAUCACUUAAAACCACAACUGUGAUAUUUUGGUCAGCAGCUUUAGGGGCAAUAAUUUAGAAACUUCUAGGACGUGUCAGCUCUGGGUGAACUCACUGCUGGACGUGACAAUACAUUUUGUGACUGUAUUGUCACAGUAGAGCCCUGAGCAAUGAACGGUUUAAAACUCAGUCAACAUGGGAAACUUUUGGGCCUGUCCUGUUUUUUUUAUUUCAGAUACACUUAAUGUUUGAGGACUAUAAUGACAACGGGGGAAAUAAAAGGCAUUCCACAUGCUUCGACCUCUAACAUUCACUUUAAUGUGGUCAAAAAACACUCCUCAGUCGAUGACAGUCAACACAUAUGAUCCACACGAUGCUUCUCUCUAUAGCGGAAAAAAUAACUUUUUGCCAACUGGUACCCAUCUAUUUAAUUACAAUAUAAAUGUCCUUGUCCACAUGUGCGCCUUGGCUUUGCUCCAAACCAACCAACCCCUCCAUAUGUCCACAAACCCCCCCAGUAUGUGACACGUCUGACCACAAUCUGUUUAGGCAGAAACUUCAAAUGGCCUCUGAAAAAGCUAAUAUGGAGCCACAACAAACCUGCUAUCUGCCUAAGUAAAUUAAGAGGCUUUA